GCCCCCAAAACCCUACUAAACAAAAAGUACCAAAACCCUCGAAACUUUGUGUGCUAAGCCAACACUCACCAAUACAAUUUCUUUCUUUCUUUCUUCUUUCCCAAGCCUUUACCUCAAUUACUAAAACCCUCCAAACCCCUUCUAACUAACACAUUCAUUAGGGUUUUACAAUUUUCCCCCAAUUUUUUUAAACCUAAAAUUAGGGUUUUACAUUUUCUUGCAAUUAGCAAAAAUGGUGAAAGGCUUGGCAACAGCAGGCUUGUUCUCUGCCCUAGCUUCUUCACUCAGCGUGCCCCAUGUUUAUGCUGAUGGCCCUUUGAAUUUCCCUUCUUUCAACUCUUCUCCGGCGCCGGCGCCGGGAGUUUCUUCGCCGGAGAAGCCGACGGAAAGUGAGGAGAAGCCGGCUCCUCCGCGGGUUCGAAAUGAUCAUCCGCGGACGACGUCGGCUGGGUUCGAUCCCGAGGCGUUGGAGAGAGGUGUAAAGGCUUUGAAGGAGAUUAGUAGCUCUAAUAGUGCCAAACAGGUAUUUGAGUCGAUGAAGAAGCAAGAAGAGACGAAGCAGAAAGCAUUAGUUGCUAAACAAGCUGAAUAUAAGGCACUUCAAGCUCAGGCCGAAACUGAGAGGCAAAAGGUAAUAUAUGAGGAGCAGAAAAACUUAGCUCAGCAGCAGGCUCAGAUAAAGUCCCAGAUGGCACGCUAUGAGGAUGAAUUGGCAAGAAAGAGGAUGCAGGCGGAAAAUGAACAUCAUAGAACAAGAAAUCAAGAGCUUGUAAAAAUGCAAGAAGAAUCAUCUAUCAGGCAGGAACAAGCUAGGCGGGCAACAGAGGAACAAAUUCAGGCACAAAGACUACAAACAGAGAGGGAAAAGGCCGAGAUAGAGAGGGAAACAAUUAGGGUGAGGGCCAUGGCAGAAGCAGAAGGAAGAGCCCAUGAAGCGAAGCUUGCGGAAGAUGUUAAUAGGAGAAUGCUAGUGGAGCGGGCAAGUGCGGAAAGAGAUAAGUGGGUUGCUGCUAUUAAUACAGCUUUUGAUCACAUUGGAGGGGGUUUACGAGCCAUAUUGACUGAUCAAAACAAGUUAGUUGUAGCUGUUGGGGGUGUGACAGCCCUUGCAGCAGGAAUCUAUACAACAAGAGAAGGGGCAAAGGUUAUUUGGAGCUACGUGGACAGAAUAUUAGGACAACCAUCACUGGUUAGAGAGUCUACCAUCGGGAAAUUCCCUUGGUCAGGCUCCUCACGUCGCUUUAGCACCCUCUUACGUGGAGGCAAUAAUGCCUCUACUACCAAUAAUGGGAAUGGUUUUGGGGAUGUCAUUCUACAUCCCUCUCUACAGAAAAGAAUUCAGCAGUUGGCUAGUGCAACAGCCAAUACUAAAGCCCAUCAGGCACCAUAUCGAAAUAUGCUCUUUUUUGGUCCCCCGGGAACAGGAAAAACAAUGGCUGCAAGAGAGUUAGCUCGCAAAUCGGGGCUUGAUUAUGCAUUAAUGACAGGUGGAGAUGUUGCGCCACUUGGUUCUCAAGCUGUUACGAAGAUACACCAGUUGUUUGAUUGGGCAAAAAAGUCCAACAGAGGGUUACUACUCUUUAUUGACGAAGCAGAUGCAUUUUUGUGCGAGCGGAACAAAACCUAUAUGAGUGAAGCCCAAAGAAGUGCACUCAAUGCCCUCCUUUUCCGCACAGGUGAUCAAUCAAAAGACAUAGUCCUUGCUCUGGCAACAAACCGUCCUGGCGAUCUUGAUUCAGCAGUUGCUGAUCGUAUUGAUGAAGUCCUAGAAUUUCCUUUGCCUGGGGAGGAUGAAAGAUUUAAGCUUCUUAAACUUUAUUUGGACAAGUACAUUGCACAAGCUGGGGCGAGGAAGCCAGGAUUGUUCUCUAAUUUGUUCAGAAAAGAACAGCAGAAGAUAGAAAUUAAGGACUUGACAGAUGAUAUUUUGAAGGAAGCAGCAGCAAAAACAGACGGCUUUUCAGGAAGAGAAAUAGCAAAGCUGAUGGCUGGUGUUCAGGCUGCUGUUUACGGAAGUGAGAACUGUGUGCUUGACCCAAAUCUCUUCCGUGAAGUCAUAGAUUAUAAAGUUGCAGAGCAUCAACAGAGAAAGAAUCUUGCAGUGAAAAGUGCAUGAUUGAUGAUUGUUACUCUCAUCGCUUUUUCAGGAAUUUUGGGUCUGAAUCAAGAGAUUGGAGCAAAUGAACUAAUCAUUUGUAUCAUACAACAUUAUUUAUCGGCUGAUCUAUAUUCAAGAGAAUAUGCAUACUUCUUUUCUGGGUUU